AUGGAUACCCUACUCUCCCAACUCGAUGCGCUCGUCCUCAAACCCGAACUCGCGCCGCUGCUGUCAUUAGUGAAGGGUGCACGCAAUGGAAUCGUCUACGGAUCGAAAGUCCGCUUUCCACAUGCGCUGGUAUUACGCGAAAAGACAAAACUCGUUUUGAAAGCGACCCGCCAACAUGCGCGGAACCUCUCCGUAUUCGCCAUUAUCUACAAGGCCUCUAUGAUCCUUCUCCGGAAUAUACCAGGUGGUGCCGGGAAAGAGGGCCGAUAUGAUACCUUCUUUGCAGGCCUGCUGGGCGGGUAUGCAGUUUUCGGACGACAGCCGGGCAGUAUUAGCCAGCAGAUCGUUAUUUAUGUUUUCGCGCGUGUGAUGCUUGCUCUCGCCAAGCUCGCCGUCCAACCCAACAUGCACCCCCUCUCCUCCCUCAUCACAUCCGAUGCACGCACUCGGAUCACGAAUAAUGCCUACCCUGUUUUCGCCAGUGUGACCUGGGCGAUGGUCAUGUACAUUUUCCGGUGGCACCCGGAGACGCUGGCGUCGAGUCUGCGGAGUAGCAUGGUGUAUAUUUAUGGCGACUCAGAUAAUUGGGAUUCCCUCCGCACCCUGCUUUUACACAACAAAUAA